AUGGAACAAUCAUUAAAUUAUACAUUACCGUUACCGUUAUACUCUAAAAUAUCAGAACCAGCUUCUAAGCAUACUUUUUCACAACAAAAAUCAACGAUUAAAUAUUUCGCGAUUUAUGGAUUCUUCAUUGUAUUAAUAUUUAUUACUUAUGUCGCUAUUUCCAAUUCGUUUAUUAGAAAUGAUAUAAAUGAUAUUAAAUUAUCAUUGAAUAAAAUUUCGGAUUUUAAAAGCAAUGUUAAUGCUAAAUUAUUCAUUGAUGAUAACGACUGGAAAGUUAAUGCUGAAAGUGAUAUAGAAGAAUUUGAUUGGACCGAAAUAACAAGUUAA